UUUAAAUGUAAAAUGGAGAAGUGCAAAGAAGAUGGAUGAUUGUAGAGAGCCAUUGUUGGAGCUUAAAGAAGGGAGAUGGUGGAAGAGAGUGUUGGAGAUGGAGGAAGCAAAGCUUCAACUUCUAUUUUCCCUUCCAUUGAUUCUAACAAAUGUAUUCUAUUACUUGAUAACUUUAGUCUCUGUUAUGUUUGCUGGUCAUCUUGGUGAACUUGAGCUUGCUGCUGCUACUCUUGCCAAUACUUUGGCUAGUGUCACUGGCUUUGCAUUCAUGACAGGACUGAGCGGAUCGCUUGAAACGCUUUGCGGGCAAGCGUUCGGUAGGAAGUUUUAUGAGAAGAUGGGGUUGUAUCUUCAAGGCUCUUGCAUCUUAUCAUUCUUUUGUUCCAUCGUUAUAUCAGUUAUGUGGAUUUACACAGAACAGAUUCUUGUCUUGCUCCAUCAAGAACCAGGGAUUUCAAGGUUAUCUGCAAUGUAUAUGAAGUUUCUCAUCCCAGGAUUAUUUGCAUAUGGCUUACUACAGAACAUCCUGAGGUUUCUCCAAACACAAUCUGUUGUCAUGCCUUUGGUUUUCUUCUCUGCCCUCCCAAUGUUCAUCCACAUACCUACUGCAUAUGGUCUCGUUCACUGGACACAUCUCGGUUUCAAUGGAGCUCCAUUGGCUGUUUCAAUCUCAUUAUGGAUGUCAUUCCUGAUUUUAGCUAUAUAUGUACUUAAAGCAAACAAGUUUGAGAAAUCUUGGCAAGGCUUCUCAUUAGAAGCUUUUAGCUAUAGCCUUUCAAGCUUAAAACUAGCUAUUCCAUCUGCAGCAAUGGUGUGUUUGGAGUAUUGGGCGGUCGAGGUUAUGGUUUUCUUAGCCGGGUUGAUGCCAAACCCGGAAACAAGUACUUCACUGAUAGCAAUGUGUGACAACACACAGACCAUUGCCUACAUGAUCACUUGUGGACUCAGUGCUGCAGCAAGCACAAGGGUCUCAAAUGAAUUGGGAGCAGGCAAUUUUGACAGAGCCAAAACUGCCAUGUUUGCAACUCUCAAGCUUUCUGUCCUCCUUCCUCUGCUAGUUGUUUUAGCACUUGCAUUUGGACAUAACACCUGGGCUAGCUUCUUCAUCAACAGCAUUACAAUAAUGGAUGAGUUUUCUUCCAUGGUCCCAUUUCUCGCUAUCUCGAUAAUGCUCGACUCGGUUCAAGGCGCCAUAUCAGGGGUGGCUAGAGGCUAUGGGUGGCAGCACUUGGCUGUAUACAUAAACUUGUCCACGUUCUACUUUAUCGGUGUAACGAUAUCGAUCCUUCUUGGGUUUAAGCUUAGAUUAUAUGCUAAGGGUUUAUGGAUCGGAUACAUCUGCGGUCUCUCGUCGCAAACUGGUUGUCUUCUUUUGGUUGCUUUGUCUACAAAAUGGAUUAAAAUGGAUCAAUCUGAUUAUGAAGUAAAAGAUAUGCCUCUUCUAGUUUAGUAGAAGGUUUUAUACUGUUGGAUGAGAAUUUGUUGUCGGUUUUCUAUUUUUGAAAAUUAGGCUUAAAUAUCUACGUCUCCUUUGUUUAGUUCUUCCAUUCUUGAAAAUAUUUUUGUAAAAUCUUCUCGAAGUAGAAAACAGGUUUCUUUUAGUACGACAACUACGGGGUAGUGGAUUGAACCUCCAACUUUAGGGACAAAGAUCAUGCCAAUACCAUUACGCCAAUCUCACCUUAAUAGUAGAAAAUAUCUAUCAAAAACCUCUCCUUGAAGUUUGAUAGCUUCUUUAAAAUUUUUAAAUAUGAUUUUGAUAUUUGAAAUGAUUUUGAAAGUGAAAUAGAAAAUGAAGAAAAAAAAAGUAAAUAAACAAAACCAAAUGGUUACUGAACCUUAUUAAAUGAGUUUAUUUGUUCACUCUUUGACUGAAUCUAGCAUUUUUUUUUUCCAGAAAUUUGAUUUGAGUCAGUGUUGGUGGGUCAAUAUAGAAUAUUCACAAGGAAUUUUAUGUUGUUCUACGACUAUUUGCACUUGUUGGAAUGAGGUUUUCGGAGAAACUUGUUUCAUGAAAUUUGAACUUUGUAUUUGUAUUGAUUUC